AUGCGCUCUAGCAUUCAACACUACAUUGCCUCUUGCUCUUCUUGUGCACGUCAUAAUAUACUCCGCACUAAGCCUCCCGGUCACCUUCAUUCGAUCGAUCCACCAUCUGGUGUCUUUCAACUGUUGCACCUAGAUUUUUGGGGUCCUGUUUUAACACCUUCUGCUUCCGGUAAUCGUUAUGUCAUAGUUCUUACUGAUAACUUGUCCAAAUACGUCAUCGCACAGGCACUUCCUGAUUGUACCGCUCGCUCCGCUGCUCAAUUCCUUAUUGAUCGUUUUAUCCUCCUCCAUGGUGCUCCUGAACGUCUCUUAACUGAUAAUGGUACACACUUUAACAACACUCUUUUGCGCGCCGUUACUUCUUCCAUGCAGAUCCCUCACACCUUUUCUGUCGCUUAUCAUCCACAAACUAAUGGUCAAGUUGAGCGUUUUAACGCUACGUUUUCCGCUCAGCUUGCCAAAUACUGUCAUCCCGAUCGUCAUGAUUGGGAUCUAUACCUUCCGUCUAUUGUCUAUGCUUACAACACUAGUGUUCACUCUACUACUCAGCUCAUGCCUUAUGAAGUCGCGUUUGGUCGUCGUCCUAAAAGCCCUUUUGAUGCCGCCUCUCCCACUAUUAACCUUCCUCCUCUCCAUUCUUUUUAUCCAUAUCUACAACAAACUCGUCGUCUUCUUCUUUCUGCGGCUCGCCGAAAUAUCCUUUAUCAUCAGUCCCAAUGGCAACAGCGCUAUAAUCGUAACCGUCGUAACCCUUCUUAUCAUGUCGGUGAUCUUAUUUAUGUCCAUGUUACUGGUGGUCGCACUAAACUAACUUCUCGUCGCUCUGGUCCCUAUCCAAUUCUCGAUAUCUCAGGAACGCAGAAUUAUCUUGUACAGGAUCCUUCCUCAGGUUACACAUGGUGGUAUCAUGUUAGUCAGCUCCAUCCAUUCAUAGAACGUCUUUCUCCCUAA